CCGGAAUAUUUCCACGCUGGCCCAAGUGUCGCUGCAAGGCCCUUGUCAACUCCCGCUACUGCUGCUGCUACUCCAAGCGCUUUCUUUCUCUUUUCCCGCUGAUAUUGUGCUGUGCCAGGGAUGCGGAUCAUCGUGUGAUUCUGGUGCGCCUCUCAUGUGAAACGCGAUGGCUACUGGUGUGCGACCAGCGCUGUUUCCGACCACAUUGCGACUGCUUGUGCUAGGUUUGUCGUGGUGUGCUUCAGCUCACAGAUGGGAAAGAGGAAGUCUCAUCCAGUCGCCUGCUAACAAAGAGCAACCAUUUGCUUCAAUCCUCUACACGGCGGUAAUCCGCGGAAAAGUGGCGCUGCCGUGCGACAUUACGCCACCGUCCGCUGACGACGCCGUCGCCCUAGUGUUGUGGUACAAGGACGAAGGCCCUGCGCCCAUCUACACGUUGGACGCCCGGCGAGGCCACUUGGACCAAGCCAGGCAGUCCGCCGUUAGUGAGCUGGGAACAAGAGCCUACUUCAACAUGAUGAACCGGCCGGCCUUUCUGCAACUGGACCCAGUGGAAGAAGACGACGCUGGAGAAUACCGCUGCCGGGUAGACUUCCGUAAGGCACGGUCUGUCAACACCGUCAUCAAUCUCAAAGUCAUUGUGCCACCGGGAGAGCCAUUUAUCCAGGACGAGAACGGCAAGCAACUUCAAGGGCUCGUGGGACCUUUCAAUGAAGGCGACCCUCUCACUCUGUCCUGCCAAGUCGACAUAGGGAAGCCACGGCCGGCUGUCACAUGGUGGAAGGACUACACGCUAUUGGACGAGUCCUACUUCUUUUCUCCGGACGGUUCAUUGGUGAAGAACAAGCUGGAAAUCAGCGCCCUCACCCGAAACGAUUUGCUCGCAAUCCUCACCUGUCAAGCAGCCAACAACAACAUCACUGUUCCGGCCUCUAGCUCCGUCACCCUCGACCUUAACCUCAAACCGUUGGACGUAACGAUACAGCCCCCGGAGCGGCCUCUCUCGGCCAACAAGGAAGUCGAGCUGGUGUGCACGUCGAGCGGAUCCCGACCUCAAGCCUCCCUCACCUGGUGGAAGAACGGUCAGCAGAUACGGUCGGUGCGUGAGGACGACAGCAAGGGUGGUCUCAGUACCAGCACAUCAGUGCUGCUAUUUACACCCACAGUCGACGACAAUAACCGUAUUUUGUCUUGCCGCGCGGAAAACAAAGCCAUCCCAGGGAGUGCUCUUGAAGAAGGGUGGAAGCUGGAGGUCUAUUAUGCUCCAAUAGUGACACUUCAGCUUGGCAGCAAUCUCAGAGACACGGAGAUUCAGGAGGGCAGAGACGUGUAUCUUGACUGCAAGAUUGUCGCCAAUCCUUACACCACUGACGUGGGAUGGCUAUUCGACGGACGGGAACUCGUAUCAAACUCCACGCUGGGUAUCAUCGUUAGUACACAGAGCCUAGUGCUUCAGCGGGUACAGCGUUGGCAACGUGGCCGCUACGCGUGCUCAGCCACCAACAAGGAAGGUCGAGGAGUGAGCAAGGACCUGUACCUCCGCGUGAAAUACGCUCCCGUGUGCAAAUCCGAACAGAAGUUGGUGUAUGGAGUGUCAAAGCAGGAGUCUGUAUCUGUGCGGUGCGACCUGGACGCCGACCCUGCGGACGUGUCCUUCCGUUGGUCCUUUAAUAGCUCAUCGACCGGGAAGCGCAUGGAUAUCACCAAGGGCAUCUCCUCCAGUUAUUCCCAUAGCAUCGUGAGCUUCAUGCCGCACACCAACGACGACUACGGAACGCUCUUGUGUUGGGGCACAAACGCGGUCGGCAUCCAGAGAGAGCCCUGCGUCUUCACCAUUGUCCCUGCGGGUCCUCCGGAUUCUGUAAUCAACUGCUCCCAAAUAAACGCCACAGAAGACGGAAUGUCAAUUGAGUGCACUGAAGGUCACUGGGACGGCGGCAUGUCACCACCUAUCUUCGUCGCGGAAGUUUAUGAACUGGAAUCAGGAACCCUUUACGCCAAUCUGAGUUCACCCUCAGGGAUUCCGGCUUUCGUCAUACGCAACCUUCCAGGUGGAACCACGUUCCGCGUACACGUGUACGCGACCAACCCGAAGGGUCGCAGCGCGCCCCAUGUGGUGAUGACACACACUCUGAGGCCUGCUGAGAAGUUUACUGCAGGUGUGCAAGGGAUGAUCAUCAUCAGGCCAGUCCUCGGAGUUCUCAUUGGUGUGGUCAUAGCACUCGUCAUCGCUGCUGUCGUAGUAGCCAUCUUCCUGCGUUGCAAAAAAGUGAAACGAGGCAAAAGUCCCGAGAAGGAGCACUUGGAAGACAAAUCUUUAACUUUGCUCAAGAAAGACCCUGACGAGUCUGUUGACAUGGAGGAGAAAGGGCCUGACAUUAUACCUGCCACUACGAUAUUUUCAGGUUACGACGUCGCAACAGAGAAAGUAAUGUCAUUAACUGCUGGGACGGACACGUACACAGUGGCAGCUCCAUUAAAAGAAAGUUUAGAGAGCUUGGGAAGCCAUAGGACGUCUUCGCCAAAGAGGGAUCCCAGUGAAGUAACGUAUGCAGAACUGACAUUCCCGAAGGGUGUGACACUUGUGCCCACGUCAGGCACUGGGACUCUGAGGAGGACUGCACCGUGUCAGAGUUCUCAAAUGCAGGAUUCUCCCACCGAAUAUGCACGAAUAGAUUUCCACAGGACCCUACGGCCGGUGCCAGGUAACCUGGGCCUUACGGGGGAGGAACUCGAGGAUGAAGGCGGUGCCACGUGCGAGACACCCUUAAUGUCAAAUAGGAGAGAAAGCACAGUAUAGCUCAACGAGUAUGGUGCAGCUGGACCUGCAUCAUAAGCUCUACAUCCCCAUACGUAGCCAAAGCGGCGCGGAAGUGCCCUUGAAAGGGGGGUCGGUGGAGCCACUGAAAGUCUGCUCAACUCAUAUCAGCUCACAGCUCGCGGCUCCGGGACAGCUCCAACACUUUCCCCCGAAAGAAGACUGACAUCUGCACCCAGCCUAUGUGCCACGUUCACUUUUGAGCCACUGGGCUCCUAAGAAGCCAAACACGAUUGCUUUGUUCGUUGGAAGGUGGUGCUAAAGAAACAUGGUGACUAUAGUGUGACUAAUCGAUACGUUAUUGUGCCCCUAAACUGCCAGUAGGGGUGCCUUCGGACGAUGAUUAUAAGACAUGAACUGUUGAACAACAUAAUAGUUUAUGAUUUUUCAAACUGUACAUACUUACACAUACAUAUAUAUAUAUAUAUACAUACAUAUAAGUGAGUAUGAAAGAGUUGCAUACUAGGUAAUAUAUUUCUACAUGCUCCGUGCAUGCGAUGAGUUACAGGUGACGACUCUUCACAGAAAGUGAUCAGCAGGUAGUGAUGCAGCUAUGUACCAUAAUUUUUGGCAGAUAGCUUCAGGAUCUGAUUUGCUUUGUUUGAACGAUCCCGCGGUACAUAAAUAACAAUGAAACUGACGCUAUAAGAAGGGAAAACUCAAGAAAUCUAUAAGAAGGCACGGGUAUAACGGUAGACUUCGAAUCCCGUCCUUAGGCCAUACCCAGGAAGUUGCAAUGAGGUAGGAUGUCGCGUACCCAGUUUUAUUUCCUUUCAUGAACGGCUUUAAGGUCAUUACAAGCCCACGAGGAAUGUCAUUAUCGUCAAGUAAGAUAAACUACGGAGCAAGCCUAAAUGUCGUGUCAAUAUAGGGCAGUCCGCGUUGAGCACACUGUCUUGGUAGUCUUCGUAGAACUGCGUAAACGUUCGAGCAAACCGAACUUGUGUACCAUUCCACACAUUAAGAGAACAAUAGCACGACUCCGGAGCUACUUAAAAAAAUUAAUAGUACUUCCCCCAGAAACGUUUACAUAAAUCACAUGCCAUUUAUCAAGAGGAAGAUUAAGGCUGCGACGUUGGUAACGAGCCACGUGGCAAAUCAUUUCAUUGAUAGGAACAGGAUUCCGUCAUAACGUCACCAAUGAUGCAUUCCAGUGUGAUGAAAAGCACUAGCGUAUUUUAUUACAUAAUUUGACAGCGUUGUUUCAAGCUGUUUUUCUUUUUCUUUCUUUGUCUUUCUUUCUUUUUCUUUUUUUUUUCUCGUUUUCUUAGCUGGAUGUGUCCAUAUAUGUUUCGAUGAUGCUGUGUACAACGCUGGUUUAGUGGUAGCUAAACGACAUAUCACGUUCACACAAAUACGGGGGGUCACGACAUUCUGUGGAUAAACAAGGGAUGACGUGCGAAGUUGUUUGAGUGCAUGCACGGAGUUGGAGUUUGCCACUGUUGACCGUCUUGUCAGCCAAGUACAUGCGUCAUUGGCAAGUGGUGGUAGCUUGAAGUGACCUAAAUGCCGAACAGCGUCUGAUUUCUCGUUUCGUGUCCGUGCAUUUUGUUUCUGACAUGUAAAUGGUGAUGUCGAAGCACCUUGCUUUCACACUUCAUACCUAUAAUUAUUUUGAUAAAUGUACACCUUUCUACGACAUAGUCUCGAGAUCUUGUAACAGCUUUCGACAGUGUGAUACCACUCUGAAGUGCCUCUUCACAUCAAGCCGCAACAAAACAUAAAGAACGUGGGAAUAGUGUACAGCUUGCCCGUGAAACACUAGUCAUUGCCUUUCGUGAUACGUUCACGUGUUCGUGUCUUAGUCCCGUUUUGUGUUUGAAAGUUCCAGGUAACGAGUGUGGUCUGUGCCUACUGGUGUCGCACAGAGGCGUUUUCUUUGGAUACAUAUUGCUGAUGAAUGCGUUAAAUUUAUGAGUCAUGCAUAGAUGGCAAAAUUAUUAGAAGACACUCUCCCGAGAAUAAAA